CACUAGACUCGCUCGCUCGCUGUACUGAUUCUUGCACAAUCAGCAGUUCUUACUAUAUAUAACACUCAAGACACGCCAGAGACGAUCUCUUUAGCCAUUGCUCCUACGCACAAAACACAUUUGUCAACAUUCAAUAAUAACCCAUGACCACCGCUCAGCCGAUCUUCUCAAAGGGGGAGAACUGCAAACAAGUGUGGCACGACGCGAAUGCUGACUACAAUGAGACCGACACACACCUGGAGAUCAUGGGCAAACCCGUUAUGGAGCGCUGGGAGACUCCAUACAUGCACUCACUUGCAACAGUUGCCGCAUCUAAAGGUGGAAGGGUGCUUGAGAUUGGCUUUGGAAUGGCCAUAGCAGCUACUAAAGUGGAGUCCUUCCCCAUUGAAGAGCAUUGGAUCAUUGAGUGUAAUGAUGGGGUAUUCCAGAGACUGCAGGAGUGGGCCAAGAGUCAGCCACAUAAAGUUGUUCCUUUGAAAGGCCUGUGGGAAGAUGUGGUGCCAACCCUACCUGACAAUCAUUUUGAUGGCAUUCUUUAUGACACGUACCCUCUGUCAGAAGAGUCUUGGCACACACAUCAGUUCAACUUCAUUAAGGGUCAUGCUAACAGACUGCUAAAGCCCGGCGGUGUGCUCACGUACUGUAAUCUCACUUCCUGGGGCGACCUGCUGAAAAGUAAAUAUGACAACAUUGAGAAAAUGUUCCAGGAGACACAAGUGUCCCACCUUGUGGAAGCUGGAUUCAAAAAAGAGAAGAUCAGCACCACGCUGAUGGACAUCAGUCCUCCCAGUGAAUGCAAAUAUUAUUCCUUUAAUAAGAUGAUCACACCCACUAUUCUUAAAGAAUAAAAGAACACGCUGUGUUUUAUAUAAAUAACAUUCUACAUUUGUUUUUGUCUCUGUAGCCUUCCAAUUGUUUUAUUCAUUUAUAACUUUAUAAAUGAAUCUGUUUUAAUAAAUGACUAUAGUUAUGCCAAAUUUCUUUUUUCAAAUUUACUACAUGAAAUAAACAAUUACUGUUU